ACUGAACUUCCUUAGCCGUCAUCUGAUUGUCGAGUUGGGAGAAAAAGACAACAUAGCCAUGGCGGCAGAGAUUCAUUCGAGGCCUCAAAGCUCAAGACCCGUUCUUCUAAAUAAAAUCGAAGGACACUCGGACGCGGUCAAUGCUGCAGUUUUGAUACCGAAAGAGGACGGAGUGAUCACGGUUAGCGAGGACAGAACUAUCCGGGUAUGGCUGAAGAGAGACAGUGGACAGUACUGGCCCAGCAUCUACCACACGGUCUCUUCGCCAUGCUCCUGUAUGUCAUACCAUCACGACAGCAGGCGCAUCUUCAUUGGGCAGGACAACGGAGCCAUUGUGGAAUUCCUUCUGUCUGAAGAUUUCAACAAGAUGAACCAUGUGAAGACCUAUCCUGCCCAUCAGAACCGUGUGUCAGACAUGGUGUUUUCUUUGGAGAGCGAGUGGGUGGUGAGCACCGGACACGACAAGAGUGUGAGCUGGAUGUGCACCCAGAGCGGCAGUAUGCUGGGGCGCCACUACUUCGGCUCCUGGGCCUCCUGUCUACAGUAUGACAACGACACCCAGCAUGCCUUUGUAGGGGACUACUCAGGACAGAUUACCUUGCUGAAACUGGAGAGACAGACCUACUCCACCAUCACCACACUGAAGGGCCACGAAGGUAGUAUUGGAGCUCUGUGGUGGGAUCCUGUUCAGAGGCUUUUGUUCUCAGGAGCGUCUGACCACAGUGUCAUCAUGUGGGAUAUCGGGGGCCGCAAGGGACGAACACUACUGCUCCAGGGACACCAUGAACGAGUGCAGGCAGUGCGAUACCUGCAGCUGACCAGACAACUGGUGUCCUGUUCUGCAGAUGGCGGCGUCACAGUGUGGAACAUGGACACUCCCAGAGAAGAGGCUCCUCAGUGGUUGGACAGUGACUCAUGUCAGAAGUGUGAGCAGCCUUUUUUCUGGAACGUCAAACAGAUGUGGGACUCAAAGACCAUUGGACUUAGGCAGCACCACUGCAGGAAGUGUGGCAAAGCGGUGUGUGGGAAGUGUAGUUCCAAGAGCACUACAUACCCUGUGAUGGGCUUUGAGUUCCAGGUGCGCGUGUGUGACAUCUGCUACGACACCGUCAAGGACGAGGAUCGUACUGCAUUAGCAACGUUCCAUGAGGGGAAGCACAACAUAGCCUUUAUGGACAUGGACCCUUCCAGAGGCCUGAUGGUGACCUGUGGCAGCGACCGUGUCGUCAAGAUAUGGGACAUGACGCAAGUGGUUGGCUGCAGCAUAGCAACAGGCUUCUCCCCACGUUGAUUAACCCCAUCGGCCCUCAAACUCUGUCCUCUACUCUACUGACAGGUGUCUGUCAUUGGGACCUCCUCUGUUUUCUCAUCUUUCUGGCUCCUUUUCUGUCCGGCUGCUUCUGUUCACUCAUCUCCCACUGGUCGUUUGGAUGAAGAUACGAAUGCGUGUGUUGUGUUGUGUAAGUGGGUGGGUACUAGUGUUGGUAACCCUUUGCUUGAUUUGGUGUCAGUUUUGUACAUGAGAAUUUGAGUCUCAAAUGUGUCUCAGGUCUAACUUCCAGUGUGUACCCGUUCAGCGGCGUUCCAAGCACAAUGUUCUGUUCUAAUGUGUGAAUGGAAGGGAGCAGUGUUUGUGUUUAUGUAUGUUCCACCUCUGUCUGGUUUCUUUGACAUAGUGGGUCAGCUCUAAUUCCUUUUGCACUGUAACAUUGGACUGCUAGACCCGAUAAUCCACAAAACCCUGCCCAACAGACACACACAGGGCUCUCCUAUUGGCUGCUUACUUCAACUUUCUACAUUUUAAAUAUUGCAAAUGCUAACCAUGACAACACAGCUUUUGUAUACCCAUAUGCAUAGUGUGUACAGUAUGAGAUGCAGUGUGCUUAUCGCUCUAUAUCCCUCACUGAUCAUGAGGUCAGUUUCACUCUUUCCUCGCUAGUUGUUCUUUCCCUCUCUCUUUCUCUUCACUAGUUGGCCUUAAACUCUUUCGUUUGUCUCAGGAGGAGGAGAUGGAAGAGUCAUUAGAGGGCAUGGCUGUAUGUGCUGUCACCAUGGCAACCCUGGCCGAGCUGUAGCCACAGCUGUUCUCCCAUAGACCUUGUCCAACUUCAUCUCAGACACCUUUCGUCAAUUUACACAACUGUACAGAUAUCACUUCUAGUCCUGAUAACCAAGACCCCAUACUCUGUUGCCUUUGCGAUUAGUUAAGAUGAAUUUGCGUAUAAUGAAAAACAAGUGUCAGCUUUUGAACAAGAGGUUUUUAUUUGGCUUUUGCUCUCUUUACAGGCACAUAGGUAUUGCAAUGGUACUGAAUUAAAGUCAAUGUAGCGCUAAAGUUCCCAUGCACUGAUGUUUUAUGCUGUUUCAUCUCUCACUGUGGGAUUGUGGGUAAAAUUAGAAGGUGCUUGUGUUUCCUCUAAGGCCUUAAGAGAGCGGGAUGGACCAAGCCUUCUAGAACCUUCAAAACUCUCACGACUGUUCUUACACACACUACUCUGUAGCAUAGCUGCAUUUUUCUCUCAACACUCACCCAUGAAUACUAAGCAUUCAACACUAUUUACUAGUUCCUCUGUCACUCUCCCGCUCUGUUUUGUUUCCAGAGCCCCGUAAGGUUCUCAACUGCACUUAAAUGCACUAAUUGUGGCUUGAGUUGCAUAAUGUCCUUAAACUGGUAUAUAUUUGGCUAAUUUUAUGCUAGGUUAGACUAACGCUUGCCUUAAGGUAAAACUGAACGUUGGAGUAACGUAUGUAGUCCCAUUCCAGUUUUGAUCACCUACUGUAUAAUAUUUCUAUUUGUAGCAAAGUGUUUGAUUGUUUCUUGAUGUUUACUUCAUGUAUAGAUAUGAUGGUGGUGAGGUCACACAGACAGGAUGAUGUUUUGAUGUCACUGAGAAAUCUUUCACAGAUGUGCUUGCAAUGUUAUGUCAGAAACGUGAUGACAUCUCUGGGAGACAUGUUUAUGUCACAGAGAGGUGUUGACAUAAAUUCAUAUUGUGGACAUCACAGAGAUACAGGGGUGUGCAUGUUUCACAGAGAGGAGUUAAUAUCACACAGAACAUGCUCAUGUCUCAGAGGGACAUAGCGAGGUCACAGAAGCUGCAGGCAGCCUAGCGGUUAAGAGCAUUGGGCCAGUAACCGGGAAGUUGCUGGUUCGAAUCCCUGAUUCGACUAGGUGAACAAAGCACAUAACCCUAAUUGCUCCUGUAAGUUGCUCUGGGUGAGAGCGUCUGCUAAAUGUAAAGUACAGUCAUCAGGGAUGUGCAGUGUUCUUGGGAAACACUUUUCCUACAGCACAAUCAAGGCUCAAGAUCAGCUUUUUAAAAAUUGUGUUCGAUCGAAAGAAAUCUCUCUGUAAGAGAAUAUCUGUGACCGUUAACUGGAGUCCCAGUGAUUUCUGUUCCCAACUAUAGAUGAAUUCCAACUAGAUCGAUUCCUUUGAGUAAUCGAGAGCCACUAACGUUUAGAGGCUAACAUUUGUGAUUCCCUCCACAAAUUAUUGUUCCCACCACAAUUGUGAUCAAUACAAUUCUCCUAGGUAUGUUGGUUUGUAAUAAGUCUGUUUUAUGGGGUCGAUCCCAUGAAGAAGAAUUUAUAUACUUUUUACUGGUUCUUAUAUGUAAUUUGACUAAACUCUAUCCACGUUUUCACACAUGUAUAAAAUAGUAAGAUCUCAAACUGGAGCCAUAUCUAGCAGAGGGGUCUAGUGGGAGGAGCUAUAGGAGGACAGGUUCAAGGGAUGGAUGGAACGGAGUCGUAUCGUGGUUUCCAUAUCUUUGUUUGAUACGUUCCAUUUAUGCCAUUACAUUGAACCCUUCAUCCUAUAGCUCCUCCCACCGGCAGCCUCUGAAUUCUACAGUAUACAUUCUCUACUACUCUGUUAACCUCUUUGUUGCUGUUUGUCAUUUUAUCAUGUCAUACUGCUUGUAAAAUAAUCUUGUUCCGACGUUGUUGUAUAUCUCUAAUAAUUGUAUUUUUAAAGAGAAACUCCUGUUGAUAAUGUUGACCGUACUGACUUUAGUCUCCCUGUGGCACUCUGUUCUGUCACGGUGAGGAAAUAAAUAAAAGCUUAAUAAAGAUAUCCAUUCAGACAUGUUA